AUGAUACAACUAAAGACACUCCUCAAUUGUAUCGACAACUCCGGCGCUGCCGUCGUCGAAUGCGCCCAAGUGCUUAAGAAAUCAAAGACGGGGAAAAUAGGUGACCGGAUUGUCGUCGUCGUCCAGAAACAGCGUAACUUCGGUUCGGAUGGCAACGCAUCCACGUCCAUUGCCAACAAGGUCAAACGAGGAGAUGUCCGUCAUGCAGUGAUCGUCAGGACAAAGAAGGAGGUCCGGCGACCAGAUGGAAGCUAUGUCAAGUUCGACGACAACGCCUGUGUCUUGAUAAACAAGUCCGGAGACCCGAUCGGAUCAAGAUUGAACGGCAUCGUUGGAGCGGAACUACGAAAUAAAAAAUGGUCGAAAAUAUUGUCAUUAGCGCCGAUGCAUUUGUAA